CUUCCGGUUCUUUUCACGUGGAUCCGGCGAAUUUUGUUGUUAUCAAUCGUUCGUUUCCAAUGUUGAUCCGACAUCUCGGUAAAAAUGUUUGUUGGAAAAUUAGACGAAGGUUUUAUCACAGUCGAAAUUACUCCACCACCAUGGGGAGUGAUAAGACUGACCUGGAGAGAAUCAGGAAUAUCGGAAUCAUGGCACACAUAGACGCUGGCAAGACAACAACCACCGAGAGGAUGCUAUUCUACUCCGGGAGUAUUCCCAACAUGGGCGAGGUUCAUCACGGGAACACAGUGACCGACUACAUGGAGCAGGAACGUCAGCGUGGAAUUACGAUAGCCUCAGCUGCAGUGACGUUCACCUGGAAGGACCAUCGAGUGAACCUCAUAGACACCCCAGGUCACAUAGACUUCACAAUGGGAGUUGAGCAGACCCUGGGUGCUCUCGAUGGGGCAGUGGUAAUAUUGGACAGUUCAGCAGGUGUCGAAGCCCAGACGACAACAGUCUGGCGACAGGCGGAUCGUUACUCUCUCCCAAGAAUCGUCUACUGCAAUAAAAUGGAUCGAGCUGAUGCCGAUUUUGACAUGUGCUUGACAUCCAUUGCCAGCAAAUUCGAUGUAACACCACUACCAGUUCAAAUUCCCCUGAAGAAUAAUUCGGAACUCUCAAUAAUCGAUCUUCUGACUCUUGAGAUUGUGACGUUUGAUAGGAGCGCUCAAGGCCGCAAGGUACAACGUCAGCAGCUGACGGACCCGCAGAUCUUGGAUCUGGCUCGAGAACGAAGGAGAUUGCUCACAGACAAGCUCUCGGAGCUAGAUGAUGACCUGGCUGAUAAAAUAAUUGAGCAGGAAUCCCUAGAUGAUAUUCCUGGUCAACUCCUGCUGGAGUCACUGAGACGAACGACACUGAGACAAAAAGGAGUUCCUGUUCUCCUUGGUAGUUCUUACAAAAACGUAGGCGUCCAGUUGUUGAUGGACGCAGUAGUCUUCUACCUUCCCUCACCGAACUAUCACCAGAAAGCGAAGUUGUACGACUGCUUCCAGGAGACAUUUUCAGCGAGGACAUUUAAAGUGAUUCACGAUAAGCAGAGAGGGCCCAUUACCUUCGUUCGAGUUUUCACGGGGAAGCUAUCCAAGGGUCAGAGGAUUUACAACGUUCAACGAAAGAGGACUGAGCAAGGUGGCAAACUCUACGCAGCAUACGCUGACGACUACGAGGAAAUUUCUGAUGUAAGCGAGGGAAAUAUAGCAGCACUUGGUGGUCUCAAGUCCACUAUCAUCGGGGAUUUGUUGACAGCCAGUGCAACGGCUGCCAGUCGGGCCAAGGAGGCCCUGGAGAAGAGGGGAGAUGUGAAGGAAGCGGACAGUAGGAGUCUCUUUGAACCUGCCAAGGUUCCCGACCCCGUCUUCUUCUGCUCCAUCGAGCCACCCUCAAUGGCUUAUCAAACGUCUCUGGACACCGCUCUACAGGAACUCGAGCGAGAGGACCCCAGUCUCAGGGUCUCCGUUGAUCCCGAGACAGGGCAGACUGUCCUAUCAGGUAUGGGAGAGCUGCACAUCGAUAUCAUCAAGGAGAGAAUUAAAACCGAGUACAAGAUUGAUGUUGACUUGGGACCACUGCAGAUCGCAUACAAGGAGACCAUCGAUAGAAAGAUCAAAGACUCAUUCGAGUUACAUCAUGUGGUGGGGAGUACCAAGCACGAUGUCAAUGUCACCAUAAGUCUCAUUGAUGGCUAUGAAGGGGAGGAGGUGCUCUUGCUGGAUAAUACCAAGGAAAGUGCUUCGAAUCUAGCUGCUGUUCACCCGAGGUUCAUGGGGGCUGUUAAGAGUGGUGUGAUUGCUGCUUUGAACAACGGACCGAGGCUGGGAUGUCCGGUCAUCAAUGUCGGGGUCAAGCUGCAUUGGCUGGAGGUGGGGAAAGGAACUUCUGAGACAAUGGUGACUUCUGCUGUCUCUCAGUGCAUUCGAAAGCUCCUGGAGAACGCUGGAAUAGUUCUGUUGGAGCCUAUCAUGCAGCUGGAGAUAGUGACUCCCGAGGUGUACGCACCGAGUCUCCUGGGGGAUCUGGGGAGGCGGAGGUCGGAGAUCCAGGAGAUCACGGUGAGGAGGGGCGACAAGAUCAUCAGGACUUUGGCUCCUCUCAGUGAACUCCUCGGAUACGCUACGAACUUGAGAAUUUUGACGUCUGGAACUGGCAAUUUCUCGUUGGAGUUUGAUAGGUAUAAGAGGAUGGGACCUCUGGAGGAACAGCAAGCGAUUAAAAAUGUUACUGGAUUCUGAAACGAAGUCUCGUAAUCGUGAACAAUAAUACGGAUAAUGUCUGCAUGGUAAGAUAGGAUAUAAUGGAUCUCACGGUGUGGAUAUGGUUCGACGAGAGCUGCAUAGCAAUAUGCAAUUGUUUGAGAGUUCAGUAGUCAGUUUACAUGACUGAUGCAUUAUAUAGAAAAAAAAAUUGUUAUGGAAUGUGUUGAUUUGUACUCUGAGAUAAGAAAACUUCCUGAGGCCAA